CAUAGCAGUAAAAAUGUUUUGUGUCACUGUUUUAAUUGCUGUCAGAUGUUUUAAUCGGUGACUGAUUUUUUACGCUGUGUUUAAACAACCAGAUAUGUUUGAUGUUUUGAUAAAGAAAAUUCUCAUUACAAAGCGGAGAAAGAAAAAUUAAAUUAAAUAUUAAUAUCAGGUCUUUGGCUUCACUCCCUACCUUCUCCUCAUAUUGGCACACUUUUGGAUAAUACCACUUUUAAUUUAGCAGUCUCGCUCCGUUUGGGGGCACCAUGCAUUGUCCCCCAUCGCUGUCCCUGCGGUGACAUGGUUGACUCCCUUGGUCAUCACGGACUGUCAUGCAGCAGAAGUGCCGGGAGAUUUUCCCGUCACGCCAGCCUCAAUGACAUCAUACGCAGGUCUCUUUCUAGCGCUUCCGUACCGGCCAUUCUUGAACCAAAUGGCCUGGUUCGAAGUGAUGGUAAGAGACCUGAUGGUAUGACUUUGGUUCCAUGGAAGGUGGGACGGCCACUAGUGUGGGAUGCAACCUGCGUAGACACACUGGCACCGUCUCAUCUUCCGCAAACCUCGUCUGGGGCUGGUACUGCCGCUGCAUCAGCGGAAUCCCUCAAGCGACGCAAAUAUGUAGGUCUUAGUAGUACCUACAUGUUUGAGCCAUUUGGGGUCGAGACGCUAGGUCCGUGGGGACCAAGUGCUCAUCGCCUGUACAGGGAAUUAGCCAAGCGGCUGAUUGACUGUACAGGUGAUAGAAGAGCUGGCGCAUUUCUUGGCCAACGAAUCAGUUUGGCCAUUCAGCGCGGAAAUGCAGCCAGCAUUUGAAGUACUAUUAGGUUUUAAUUUGAUGAUCGAAAAAAAGUCUUGUGUGCGAAGCUGAGAGGGCUGUUCGUAGUUCGUACAUAUAACAUCUUGAUUACAUAACAAUAUUCAAGCGACACUAGUGGGCGAUUAAUAAGAUGUUAGAAAACAAAAGAAGAGCGCGUUGCACCAAACAAAUUCUUCAGCUUUAUAAUAUUAGUAGGUAUA